UCUGUUGGGUCUAACAAAACAAAAUCAACGCCUCCACAAAACCUCUGCUUCUCUCCCUUGUCGUCGUCGUACCUCCGUGGAAAUCGGAAAUGGGAACCCUAGGACGAGCUAUUUACACUGUUGGUAACUGGAUCCGCGGCUCCGGCAAAGCUCUCGAUCGUUUCGGUUCUCUUCUUCAAGGGAGCCACCGCUUCGAAGAACACCUAUCGAGGCAUCGGACGUUGAUGGAUGUGUUUGAUAAAUCUCCAUUGGUGGAUAAGGAUGCGUUCGUGGCUCCAAGUGCAUCUGUUAUUGGUGACGUUCAAAUCGGGAAAGGCUCCUCUAUUUGGUAUGGCUGUGUUCUUCGAGGUGAUGUGAACAACAUCAGUGUUGGAUCCGGGACGAAUAUCCAAGAUAAUUCUCUUGUACACGUUGCAAAAACCAAUCCUGGUGGGAAGGUUUUACCUACUACGAUUGGGGACAAGGUCACUGUAGGUCAUAGUGCUGUUAUACAUGGGUGUACUGUUGAGGAUGAGGCGUUUGUUGGAAUGGGAGCUACACUACUUGAUGGUGUGGUGGUUGAGAAGAGUGCCAUGGUUGCUGCUGGUUCUCUUGUCAAAGAGAACACCCGUAUUCCUUCUGGAGAGGUUUGGGGAGGGAAUCCAGCAAAGUUUAUGAGGAAGUUAACAGAUGAGGAGAUAGCAUAUAUCUCAAAGUCAGCAGAGAACUACAUCAACCUUGCACACAUUCAUGCCGCAGAGAAUUCAAAGUCAUUUGAUGAGAUCGAGGUUGAGAGAGCGCUUAGGAAGAAAUAUGCACGCAAGGAUGAGGAUUAUGAUUCAAUGCUUGGGAUUGUCCGUGAAACUCCACCCGAGUUGAUUCUUCCCGACAAUGUCUUACCGGAAAAAACUACCACCAGGGUUCCAACUACACACUACUGAUUCACCCUGUCUCAGCUUGUUUUUUUUCUUUCUUGUGUUAAAUCCUUUCAAGACAGGAUUGGUUCUCUGUAGAGAUUCUAUCUUUUGGUUUUGCCUUUUAUCGCGAGCAAGCAUGGGGGAAUAUCCUUUGCUCAAUAAUGCCGAAAGAAUAUGUACUGUUGCAUUAUGGUUUAAUGAAGUUAUUUCUUCCAAUAACAAUUGCAAAGAGAGAAACAAGAUGCUUUCUCUUUUUUUUUCUGCUA